AUGAGGUUGGGGGCUGCGACCAAGCACGGUUCCCAGUCCCGCCUCCGCCGCGGAGCCUACAAGGUGAACCGUCGAGAAGUGUCCCACCAAGGUCUGUACACUCAAGUGAAGUGUGCAGUCUCGCACGCCCCGAGUAUGAGGCCCGAUGAGCUGCAGCGGGUCCGGCGCGGACCCCGAAGGGGCCCCGUGGCGGCGCGCGCCGGGGAGCCGGCCGAGCGGCGCGGGGCGGCCCCGGUGGCGGCGGGCGGCGCGGCGCCCCCGGAGGGAGCGAUGUCUAACGGGGUCUACGUCCUACCGAGCGCCGCCAACGGAGAGGUGAAGCCCGUGGUGUCCAGCACACCUCUGGUGGACUUCCUGAUGCAACUGGAGGACUACACGCCUACGAUCCCCGAUGCAGUGACUGGUUACUACCUGAACCGCGCUGGCUUUGAAGCUUCAGAUCCACGCAUAAUUCGGCUCAUCUCUUUAGCUGCGCAGAAAUUCAUCUCCGAUAUUGCCAAUGAUGCCCUACAGCACUGCAAAAUGAAGGGCACGGCUUCUGGCAGUUCCCGGAGCAAGAGCAAGGACCGCAAGUACACUCUAACCAUGGAGGACUUGACCCCUGCCCUCAGCGAGUAUGGCAUCAACGUGAAGAAGCCGCACUACUUCACCUGAGCCACCCAAAUCAGAUGUACUUGGCUGUCCCUAUAUCCCCACACCAGCCUGUUUUCAUAAUAAACUUUAUUGUGACAGGC